AUGGAGGAGUUUACCCUAAGCAGGGGAUCAAUAGAUGAGGAAAUGGGCGACUUUAAGUGGAUAAAAAACUUUGUCGCCGAAUGUACCUGCGAUGGUAUCACUGUCGCUAACGCUCUAGCCCAGUAUAUUCAUCGAAAGGGCAUACGCUCUGGACUCUAG